CAUGAAUCGCGCGAGUUGAAAAAUGGCUUGGGUGAGGAGGAUCUCAGCUGUCCUGAUUGUCUUGACAUCUUUAGACAUCCAGUUAUUUUGUCGUGUUCUCACUGCUUCUGUGAGGAGUGUGUGAAGAAAUGGUGGAGACAGAAACAAACACGUGAGUGUCCAGUUUGUAAAACUGUUUCAAGCAGCAAACAUCCUCCUUGUAACUGGGCAUUGAAGAACCUGUGUGAGGCCUAUUUACUGGAGAAAGAGCAGAGACGCUCAGCAGAGUCUGAAGCUCUCUGCAGUCUUCACUCUGAGAAGCUCAAGCUCUUCUGCCUGGACCAUCAGCAGCCGGUGUGUGUCGUCUGUAAAGAGUCCAAAAGACACACUGGCCACAGAUUUAGUCCCAUCAACGAAGCUGCACAGGAUCAUAGAGAGGAGCUGCAGAAACACCUGAAGCCUCUACAGGACAAACUGGAGAGAUUAACACAAUGUAAAAGAAACUGUGUUAAAAAAGUAAAGUACAUUAAGGUUCAGUCUCAGAAGACAGAGCAGCAGAUCAGGGAGCAGUUUAGAAAGCUUCAUCGGUUUCUGCAGGAGGAAGAGGAGGCCAGAGUCGCUGCUCUGAAGGAGGAAGAGAAGCAGAAGAGUAAAGUGAUGAAGGAGAAGAUUGAGGCUCUGAGCAGAGACCUAUUGGUUCUGUCAGACAUAAUCGGAGCCACAGAGGAGGAAGUGAAAGCUGAAGAUGUCACAUUGCUGCAGAACUGCAAGGCUACAGUGGACAGAGUCCAACAGCUUCAACAAAUCGAUGAUCCACAGCUGGUGUCAGGAACUCUGAUAAAUGUGGCCAAACAUGUGGGCAACCUGACCCACAACAUCUGGAACGAGAUGCAGCAAAUGGUGUCCUACCGUCCAGUGAUCCUGGAUCCAAACACUGCUAAUCGGGGAGCGAUUCUGUCUGAUGAUCUGACUGAGAUAAAAGCUGAAGAGAACCCAGAGAGGCCCAAUCUCUACCGUGUUCUGGGCUCUGAGGGCUUUGACUCAGGGACUCACAGCUGGGACGUUGACGUUGGUGAUAAUGAUUUCUGGUGUCUGGGUGUCAAAACAACGUCUUUACCUUCUAAGAAAGCAUGGAUGUUAAUGUUCAGUGCAGAUAAAUAUGAAACAUGUUCUGUAUCAGGUCCAUCCAUUGAUCUUGCAGUGAAGGAGAAGUUCAGAAGGAUCAGAGUUAGUCUGGACUGGGAUGGAGGAAAAUUGUCUUUCUCUGCUCCUGAUACUAACACACACAUACACACCUACACAGAGACCUUCACUCAGAAGCCCUUUCCUUUGUUUGCUACUACUGAUACUUUACCACUGAAGAUAUUACCAGUGGUCCCCAGUGACUGAAACAAUGAUUGCAACAUGGACAGCAGUGACACUGGUGAUGGUGGUGACACUGCUCACAGGAUCCUGAAUUCACAUUGAGCUGAAGAAUCUUUUCUGUUUUAAUUCACUUUGUUCUUGAAGUUGAGCUCAGGAGAAGGAGGAGGAAGACAAUUGUUGCUUCUUGAUGUUAUGUUAACCUUGUAUUGGCCAGUAUAUGUUACCAUGUAGGUUUAGUAACACUCUGUUAUGUCUAAAGAUUUAUGAAAAUCCUCAGUUUAAUCCUUGGACAGUGGAUCAGUUUGUUAUUAUUUGUGGAGUGUGUUGCUCCUUAUCCAUCUUUUUUUUCUUAUAUAUUCGUACUUAGUAUUUGUAUUAGUCUCCUAUGUGUUGUCUGUACUAAUAUAAGCCAUUUAACCAGUAUAAGUGACAUGUAACUGUAAGGAGAGAAAAUUGCUGGCUGCUUCAUAACAAUAAUAAUAUUCUACCACACACAUUCAAGCUUUUAGGAACUUGUGAUAAAUUUGCAACAUUAAAUGUUUUUCGUGUA